UCACCUCUGUAGCAACUCCCUCAUCUCGCCUUUCCACCAGUCAACUCUUCACUGUAGUUUCUGUGAGCCGCUUCACAGCUGAGUGACAGUGGACGUGUCUACGUGUCUCUGUGUUGUUGGAUGAAAACUCUGCAAAAUGCAGCCGCGGCCCUGAGAAUGAGAGAAGGUGUGUUUGUUGUGUGACUCAGCCCGUGUCUAGCCAUGGAGAAGCCCUGGAGGCUGUGGGGGGCCGUGGAGCGUUGUACCCUCGCCCUGGUCUCCUGGUCCUGGGGGGCCUGUCGAGUCUCCCUGUUGGCCCUCAUCCUCACCUUCCACCUGUACGGAGGGUUUUUUCUCCUCGCUCUCAUCCUGGCCUCAGUCGCAGGCAUCCUCUACAAAUUCCAGGACGUGCUCCUCUACUUCCCUGACCAGCCCUCCUCCUCUCGUCUCUAUGUCCCCAUGCCCACCGGAAUCCCACAUGAGAAUGUCCACGUCCGCACCAAGGACGGUGUGAAGCUCAACCUCAUCCUGCUUCGUUACACAGGAGGGGACACGCCCCCUGGAGUCACCCCUGGGAAUCCAAACAGCCCCACAUCCUCUGCUCCACCUACCAUCCUUUAUUUCCAUGGCAACGCUGGCAAUAUUGGUCACCGGGUGCCCAAUGCCCUGCUGAUGCUGGUCAAUCUAAAAGCCAAUGUAGUGCUGGUGGACUAUCGUGGCUAUGGAAAGAGUGAGGGUGAGCCCAGUGAGGAUGGGCUGUACCUGGAUGCAGAGGCCACACUGGACUAUGUCAUGACCCGUCCUGAUCUGGACAAGACAAAGGUGGUACUCUUUGGCCGCUCACUAGGAGGCGCUGUGGCCGUGCGCUUGGCAUCGGCCAACCCUCACCGGGUAGCAGCCAUCAUUGUUGAAAACACCUUCCUCAGCAUUCCCCACAUGGCAGCGACGCUCUUCUCCUUCAUACCGAUGCGCUUGCUGCCCCUGUGGUGCUACAGGAAUCAGUUCCUGUCCUAUCGACAGGUGGCGCUGUGCCGCAUGCCCUCGCUGUUUGUGUCUGGCCUGUCAGACCAGCUCAUCCCACCAGUCAUGAUGAAACAACUGUAUGAGCUGUCGCCUGCACGGACUAAACGCCUGGCCAUCUUUCCAGAGGGAACGCACAACGACACGUGGCAGUGUCAGGGCUACUUCGCUAGUCUGGAGCAAUUCAUGAAAGACCUGCUGAAGAGCCACGCCCACGAGGAGAGUAAUCAGACCUCAGCCAGCGUCACCAUCAUCUGAAAAUCCAUCCGUCGGGGAGGGACUGUCGACUUCUACUUAGGGGCUGGAUGAAGUCACAAAACUUGAUUUGAGGGACUUAAUUUUUUUUUUUUGAAAGAAUGUACAUUUUCUAUGCUUUUUUCUGGGUUUUUAUUUAAUCUUACUCUUUCUGUGAUUUUACCUUUUGUCAAAAUGUCUAUUUUGACUAUUUCAAGGAAUUUGAGCGGGUAACAAACCCUCAAGGGAUCUUUUGUGUUGCCGCUAUGAAUGCAUGUUUUUAUGACAUUUCAUGAAUGACUCCAGAACAUACACCCACACGGCAAGACAUGUCACAACCACAGAAGAAUCAGCUGUAACAGGUCGGCAGAUAUGAAUAAAAAUGUAACAGUUUAAUGACCACGUUUCAGAGAAAGUUGAUUACUACUUGAAAUUAACACUUCUUUUAGUAUACAGUAUCAGACACUGAUAUCAUGUAGGCCUAUACUGUAUAUAUACAGUACACUCAUAUAUAUUAAAUCUGUUAAUAUUUUGCACUUUUUGGACCCUUUUUGUUAAGAUUUUUGUGUUUAAGUGUUCGCAAACAACAGCAAUACUUGGAGGAGCAUAAGGAUCUUUGUUUUUUUUCUCUACCCUUUGGGCUAGGAGUACUUGCAGCAGCUUGGCAUGUCAUGACAGUGUGGUGAUUAAUAUUUAUAUAUUUGACUGGAAAUAUUGUCAGAUACCGCAGCUUAACAAGAGUUUGUGAUAUUGAGUAAAUAUUCAGUGAGGAAAAAAGCAUUGACUGAGAUGAAGUGCUCAGAAAGAUUGGGUGACAUGCUUCCUUCCGCCUUUAAAAAUAUGUUUCCUGUCGAUCUGCUUCAGUGUGUUUGGAAGAAGCUAAAAGAGAUUCUCCUUGUUACUGUGUCCUUUUAAAACAACAACUAUCACAAAAUGAGUUUACCAUCAAAUGGCCUCCAGUUGCUUUGGAUCUUGUAAUGUGGAGCAAUUGCCCCAUGUGUGGUUUGCUAUUAAAGAAUGGAUUCAGAUUUC